AUGGAUGCGCAUAGUGGCGAUAAUCAAACGAUCAGUCUCAUUGUAGCUACAUUUCAAUCAACUUUACCACAUCAAGGAGCACUUGCACUUACUAUAUUACUUAUUAUUAAUCUUUAUUUUGCCGGUAUGUCAUCAAUUACAGUGACAAGUCGAAUCGGCUUUGCAAUGGCUCGUGAUGAUGUAUUUCCAUUUUCGAAUUAUCUUCGUUGGAUAUUCGAACCGACUAAAACACCCCUAGCUAAUGUUCUGUUCGUGUUUAUCAUUGAUUCUCUCUUUCAACUACUUCAAUUGGUAUCGACGACAGCUUUUCUUGCUCUCAUUGCCACAACUACACUCGGCUUUCAAGUAUCAUAUUUUAUGCCUAUUUUUUUUCGCUGUACAACUGCUCGAAAUACAUUUCCUUUGAGUGAAUUUAAUUUAGGACGAUUCAGUAUUCUCAUUGGAAUUGUCUCAUCUAUAUGGCUUUUUAUUACAUCAAUUCUUAUGUGUUUUCCUACUAAGUAUCCGGUAACAAAAGAUAAUAUGAACUAUACUAUAGUAAUUAUUGGUGGGGUUGCAUUAAUAGCAUUAAUAUAUUGGAUUGUUUCUGCUCGUCAUCGGUAUGUCGGUCCAAAACGAACUGAUAUGAAUCCAAGGUCGCUACCAGCUGGAUAUGCCAUAAAUCAGGAUGCAACGACGACUACGGAGACUGAGUCGCCCGAUAGUAUGGUCACUCUAUUAUGA